GAACUCCGCUUCCCAGAAGGCAGUGCUCUCCAGGCUUUCGGAGCGCGUUUCCCGUCCUGCGUUCCGAGGGCGCGCGCGCGAAGAUGGAGCUGGGCGCCUUCGAGCGGGACAAUGCGGCGAACUGCUCGGUGGACUCCGCGGUGCCGCCCGUUUGCCGGCGCGAGCUCUGCAGCCUGGGCAUUGACGAGGCAGGCAGGGGCCCGGUGCUGGGUCCUAUGGUAUAUGGAAUAUGUUACUGUCCUCUGGCCCGGCAGGGAGAUCUGCAAACUCUGAAAGUAGCAGACUCCAAGACACUGACAGAGGCUCAGCGGGAGCAACUCUUUGAGCAACUGAACGCAGCCAAGGAUUAUGUAGGCUGGGCUCUGCAUAUCCUCUCCCCCAAUUUCAUCUCUACUAGCAUGCAGCAGCGAGCGAAGUACAACCUGAAUGCUCUUUCACAUGACACAGCCAUUGGCCUGAUCCAGCAUGCAUUGGACUUGGGGGUACAGGUUGCAGAGGUCUUUGUGGAUACAGUGGGGCCAGCAGACAAGUACCAAGAGAAGCUGAAACGCCAGUUCCCAGGACUGGAGGUCACUGUAAGAGCCAAGGCAGACUCCCUCUUCCCCAUUGUCAGUGCAGCCAGCAUCUGCGCCAAGGUGGCAAGAGACAGGGCUGUAAAAAACUGGAGAUUCGCUGAGGAUCUGGAGGACGCUGCAUUGGAUUAUGGCUCUGGCUAUCCCAAUGAUCCCAAGACUAAAGAGUGGCUUGCGCAAAGUCUGGACCCCGUCUUUGGAUACCCACAGUUUGUCCGAUUCAGCUGGAGUACUGCUCAGACCAUCCUGGAGAGCAAAGCUGUGCCCGUUCACUGGGAUGAUAGCGAAGACGACCCAUCCCAGAAAAGCACACAGUCCCUGCUGAGCUUCUUUGCCCAGAAAGAUGCUCCUACUGGGCGCCCUCUCCAUCGCUUCUUUCAUGAACGCAAGCUAGAGACGAUGACAAGCCUCUAGGGGAAAGCACACCCUUCUCUUCUUGCUGCAAUGCAAAAUACUGUCAUUUGUGAAGCACAGUGUGUUUGACUUCACAAGAAACUUUUCUCAUUAACUUGUAUUUAAGCAGGAGCGAUAAUUCCUUCGAGCGACAGCUGCAAGGUGCAGAAUCUCACGGUUUCUAUGUUUUUUACUUAGUUUUGGGGUAAUAAAAAUUUCAAAUGCA